AUGUCAGGGUACAAAGAACUAGAGCAUAAAGCGGCAGGUCACGACGGGACUUUGACAGAUGAAGAUGGAUUACUAAUAUUUAAACCAUUAAACGAACAAGAAUUACAGUUUUAUAAAGAUGUACAGCAGCAAUCUGUAGCGAAUCAGGAUAAAGAGGAGGACGGAGAUGUUCCUUUGGAAUCAUGGAUUCCAGUGUUUUUAGGGGUCUUAGAUGAAGGACAUAAUGUACCGAAGAAUUUGUCAAAGGAUGUUCAGAUUGUAGAUGGUGGUGAAGAUUUAGUAGGUCUAGUUAUGCAUAAAGAAGAUCAGAAUGAAGUCGAUACUCGAGAAAAGAGAUUCUUAGUUCUUCAAAAUUUAACAGCAGGUUUUAAAAAACCAAACAUUAUCGAUAUAAAACUAGGGAAAUUAUUGCAUGACGACAACGCUACAGAAGUCAAAAAACAGCGUCUUUUAGAAGUAAGUCAGACUACCACAUCAGGUUCACUUGGUUUUAGAAUUUGUGGGAUGAGAAUUCAAGCAAAUGAACGGACUUCAAAUCUCGGAAUAGAUCAUCAUGAAUUGCAACCUGAUGGAGAAUAUAUAUUCAUUAACAAAAUGUUUGGUAGAACUAGAACACCGAGUGAUGUUGUAGAUGCAUUUGAAACAUAUUUUGCAAAUUCUUCUCUUAAUAUUGAAAGACGGGGUACUUUGAAAAAACUAUUCUUUCAAAGAUUACAAUUAUUUUAUAAUACAAUUUUAAAUUCAGAAGUUCGCAUGAUAUCGAGUAGUCUUCUCUUUGUUUAUGAAGGUGACUCUUCGCGAUGGGAUUCUCAAAAUGAUGAAGACGCUCUUAUAAGUGAUGAUUUUAUUGAUUAUGAGGAUGACGAAGAUUCAGAUAGUGAUGAACUUCCAUCUAAAACGCCUUUAAGUUUAAUGGCUUUAAUCGAUUUUGCACAUUCAAAGGUUACUAAAGGUGCUGGAUAUGAUGAAAACGUGAUAGAGGGUGUAGAAAGUUUAUUGAAUGUUUUCGCAAAAUUAAAUGAACCCUCUAUAUAG